AUGUCAGAGUUCAGAAUAACAUUGAUCCUAGCCUGUCCCAUGGAUCUGAAGAACUUCCCGAUGGACGUGCAGACCUGCAUCAUGCAACUGGAGAGCUUUGGCUAUACUAUGAACGACCUGAUCUUUGAGUGGGAUGAGAAGGGAGCGGUCCAGGUGGCCGACGGCCUCACCUUACCUCAGUUCCUCCUGAAGGAGGAGAAGGACCUGCGCUACUGCACCAAGCACUACAACACAGGUAAGUUCACCUGCAUCGAGGCCCGCUUUCACCUGGAGCGUCAGAUGGGCUACUACCUGAUCCAGAUGUACAUCCCCUCGCUGCUCAUCGUCAUCCUGUCCUGGGUGUCCUUCUGGAUCAACAUGGACGCCGCACCCGCCCGCGUGGGCCUGGGCAUCACCACCGUGCUCACCAUGACCACCCAGAGCUCGGGGUCCCGCGCCUCGCUGCCCAAGGUGUCGUAUGUCAAAGCCAUUGACAUCUGGAUGGCGGUGUGCUUGCUGUUCGUCUUCUCGGCGCUACUGGAAUACGCUGCGGUGAACUUCAUCGCCCGGCAACACAAGGAGCUGCUCCGCUUCAGGAGACGGCGACGACACAUGAAGUCCCCAAUGCUGGAAUUGAAUGCAGAGGACGAAACUGGAGAGGGACGGUUCAGCUUCGCCGGCUACGGCAUGGGCCCCGCCUGCCUGCAGACCAAGGACGGCAUGGCCAUCAAGGGCAACAACAACAACGCGCCCGCGACGGGCGCGGCCGGCGGCGGCGGCGGCGGCGGCGGGGGCGGGCCGCCCGAGAAGACGGUGGAGGAGAUGAAGAAGCUGUUUGUGAGCCGCGCCAAGCGCAUCGACACGGUGUCGCGCGUGGCCUUCCCCCUCGUCUUCCUCAUCUUCAACAUCUUCUACUGGAUCAUCUACAAGAUCAUCCGCAGAGGAUGAGGGUGUGCAAAGGGCGGUACGGCUUCGCGGGCUACGGCGUUGGGCAGCCC